CCUCUUCACUUUCUUUCAGAACUGACUCCUUAAACUCUCUCCAAAAAGAGAAAAAAAAAUGGCAGUCUUUACCUUUAACACCAGACAUGCAACCUUAUAUAUUUCCUUUUUCUUGAUUUUUCUCUCUUUGCAAGUUCUUUGUUGUUUCUCUUCUUCAAUCCAUGAACUUCUCCGGUCAAAAGGGCUGCCUCCCGGCCUUCUUCCGAAGGAAGUGAAAUCGUAUUCGCUUUCUGAAAAUGGGAUGCUGGAAGUUGUUCUUGAAGGUCCAUGCUUAGCGAAAUAUGAGAACAGGGUUUUCUUUGAAAGUGUCGUUAAAGCUAAUCUCAGCUAUGGCAGUCUGACCGGAGUCGUGGGUUUGUCUCAGGAAGAACUCUUCCUUUGGCUUCCGGUUAAAGAUAUUAUCGUUGAUGAUCCAACUUCUGGCCUUAUUUUGUUCGAUAUCGUUGUUGCUCACAAAGAACUCUCCUUGUCUCUCUUUGAAGAUCCUCCUGACUGUAAACCUCAAGAACUGAUGAAGAAACAUGUGAGGAAGGACAGAGCAGGAGGAGGAGUAGAGGCUUUGAGAUAGAAGGAGAAGAGAAGAGAUGCCAAAGAAACAGACUGUGUCAACUUUGUCUUUUUGUUCUUAGUGUUUUUUAUAUUUUGUUAAUUAAUUUAGGGUUUGGUGGUAGGACCUGUAAUUAAAGAUGUGAAAUUUGGAAUCAUAUUCUCUAAUCAAAUUUAGAACUUGUAAACUUUCAA